UAAGCACUCGCAGUCGGAAAACGUCGUAUUGGCAAUCCUACGUGAUCCGAUAUCUGCCUCGUCUACCUCAUCUAUUACCCUACCGACUAGCUACUGAAGAUGACCGUCCAGGCGCCUCUUCCAAACAAAUGGACCAAGUACUUGGUAGAUGUCUAUGUACAGGGCCACCCGCCAAUCCUGGGUACUGUGGAUAUAAAGACAAUCGAAGAGAAAGCCAGGGAAGCUAUGAAGGACCACAUGGCUGCAUACAUGUACACGUUCGGGAGUGCUGGGACGUGUUCGACGGACCGGGCGAACACAAAAGCAUUUGAGAACUAUAAGUUAGUACCCCGCAUGCUCGUGGAUGUAACCAAUCGGAAUAUAGAGACGACCAUUUUUGGAGUGACAUACCCUUCGCCGCUCUUGGUAGCUCCAAUCGGUGUACAGGGUGCUCUGCAUGCAGAUGGCGAGCUCGCAACAGCAAGCGCAGCGGGCAAAGUCGGUGUCCCCUUCAUAAUGAGCACAGCAUCCUGUCGCUCUAUAGAAGAUGUCGCCAAGGCUAAUGGUCCAAACGGGCAUAGGUGGUACCAGCUCUACUGGCCCCGCACAACUGAGGUCACACUGUCACUGUUGAAACGUGCAAAAGAGAACGGCUUCACUGCGCUCGUGAUCACCUUGGAUACGAUGAUUCUUGGUUGGCGCCCACACGACCUGGGAACCGCGUACCUGCCCUUUGCAUGCGGUGUCGGCAUUCAAGUUGGGACAUCAGACCCGGUGUUCAUGAAACGCUUUGGCCUGCCGCCACGCGAGAAUGAGAGAACAAAGUUCCCAGUCGAACCCGAGAAGAUCAGAAUGGCUGGUCUCGAACAGGGUGACGAAGAAGUCCUGCGCAACAUGUCGCUCGGGAAGGAGUGGUUGGCGGAGGUGAACUCGGGCGCGUUCAGGACGUGGGAUCAAUUGAAGUUUAUUAGAGAUAACUGGGAGGGACCCAUUGUCCUGAAGGGGAUCCAACGUGUUGAUGAUGCAGAAAAGGCAAUUACGCAGGGCAUUGACGGGAUCAUAGUGUCCAAUCACGGUGGUCGGCAAGUUGACGGCGCCAUCGCCUCUCUGGAUGCGCUUGACAACAUAAUGAGGUCCCACGAAGUUCAAGCGGCACAGAAGUCCGGCAAGCUCACUAUCCUGUUCGAUUCCGGGGUGCGAACGGGCAGCGAUGUCCUUAAAGCGCUCGCAAUAGGUGCUCAAGGCGUUCUCAUCGGCCGACCUGCCAUGUAUGGUCUUGCUAUUGCAGGGCAGGAGGGAGUCGAACAGAUCUUGCUGCAAACGAUAUGCGAAAUGCACAUGAACCUUGGUUUGUGUGGGUAUGGCUCUGUCAAAGAUAUCAUCGGGAAGAAGGACGAAGUCCUGGCAACCUUGCAUUACAAAUUGUGAACGUGGAGACUGGUGAUCGGGAACCUGAUAGAAGAUGUGAUUCUCUAUGCCAUGUGAUGUACGAUAUACGGAAUC